AUGUCAACAUCAAGGGCCAGACGACGUUGGCCAAAGCUGCAGGAUGGUACCUUAAUCACCGGUCCAAAGCUGUUUGAACUCAUCCAGGACGACAACUCCGUCCCUCCUCUUUGGGAUCUCAGAUCGGUAAUCGAGGAAGUUGAGGAGAAUUUCGGGGCAGAUGUUAGCGGAAUCUCUGCGUACGAAUGUGGGCAUGCUAAUCAAGCGCUGUGGUGCGAGCUGUCUAACGGGGAAGACAUUUUGGCCCGUCUCGGACACAGCGAUGUCAACAAGCCAGAUAGUGAGAGUGUCCCUGUGAACAUUCAGCUGUCAGAUGCUCGCUUCGAGGUUGCCAUCCAUGGAUUGUUCUUACCAGGGUCCUCUGAGGUCAAAGUCGCUCCUCUAUUAUACCACCGAAUUCCCCAGGUUGUCGCUGGUGCCCCAAGCCAGGAUCCUACAGACAUCCUUGGACGUCGUUUCUGCGUAUUUGAAGCACCAGAAGGAAAUCCAGACGCGUGGCGCCAUUUUGACGCCCAGGACAAGAUCGUCUAUUUGAAGCAAGCAGCUCAGAUGCGUGCCGCACUCUUCAACUUCAACCCUCCACACGCCUUCAUUUCCAGAUUUCUAGCAGAACGCGUCCCACACUUUUCCAGACCUAUUCAAUUGUCUGUACCGAUCACAUCUACUCGCGACUUCUGCAUUGCUCUGCUCAGGGCCAAAAUCGAAGCCACAAUCGCAAAUCUCGGAGACCCCAUCGGCUGGCCUACGAGCAACAACGUGGUCGGUCCCUUCGCUAUUGCCGCGAAGCAAUCCCUCCUCCGUCUUUUGCCGUACCUGCUUCCCCCAGAGACUAGACAUGGUACCUUCUAUCGCUUCGUCGUAGAUCACGGUGACUAUGCCAUGUGGAACAUGACAUCAACAGUUGACGACAAUGGAAAGCCACUCAUCACAUCCGUAUUCGGCUGGGAUAUGAGCUCUGUCAUUCCCGCCAUCUUUUCAGAGCUGAAGCUCGGCGUUGAGAUUGACCUCACCGCUGACGAGUACGGCAACCCCGUCAUUACCCGUCUACCUCAUAACGCGUCCGCUUCGAAACGUGCUCAAUACAUGGCAUGGUCCCGUCAAUACAUCACCGCCCUCUACACCCAAGCCCCGGACCUCGAAAUCAUUAUGCGCGAAGGCCACGACGCUCGUUAUCUCUGGUUUGCGUUACGCAACUGGCUCGGCACGCAUCCAGAGAUCUUUUUUGGCGAGUUGGGUCUUUGGGCUGAGAAGAAGUUGGUGCAGUUCACUACUGCUCGGGGCAAUGGCACCAUGAGUCCUUUUCAUAGUCCUUGA